UCCCAAUAACAAUGUUUACGAAAAUUAUCCUAUAUGUAUUUCUGGUUUUUCGAUUGUUAAAUCAAUGCUCAGGUUCUGCUAGUGCUGUUUCAGAAAACUGCAAAUAUCAGUCAUGUCCUCCCAUCAAAGCAGGCUACGUAAACGUUCAUCUUGUACCUCACAGCCACCUUGAUGUCGGAUGGAUGAAAACGUUGGACCAAUACUAUUUUGGAACUUCAAAUUAUGUCAGCUCGUCGGGUGCGCAAUAUAUCUUCGACACGGUAAUGACCUCGCUGAAGAGAAAGACCGAGAGAAAAUUCAUGUUUGUGGAAACGGCAUUUUUCUGGAAAUGGUGGAAUGAGCAAGAGGAAGCUGUUCAAAAUCAAUUCAAGUCGCUAGUAAUCGAUGGUCAAAUUCAGUUCGUCGGUGGCGGAUGGACAAUGAACGAUGAAGCGGUCACUAAUUACCAGUCCAUUAUUGACCAAAUCACAUGGGGAUUGAGGAGGCUGAAUGACACUUUUGGACAAUGUGGAAUACAGCGAAUAGCCUGGCAGAUCGACACAUACGGUCAUAGCAGCGAGAUGGCUUCGAUUCUAGCAGGAAUCGGUUACGAUGCAGUUUUCUUGGGGAGAAUUGAUUUUCAAGAUAGAGUCAAAAGGCUGAAAGAGAAAUCCAUGGAACUCAUUUGGCGAGGCAGCCCGAGUUUAGGAGCGGACAGUGAGAUAUUUACACACAUUUUGCUCGACCAUUAUACAGCACCACCCGGGUUUUGUUUCGACAUCAGUUGCAAAGAUGAGCCCAUUAUAGACAACCCUAAAAGUGCGGAAUAUAACAUAGUCUCGAGGGCAAUCAACUUUACAACGUAUGUUGACAAUGCGCUACAAAGUUCAACGAGCAAUAAUGUAUUUUUACCGAUGGGAGGAGAUUUUGCUUACCAGGACGCCCAAGUGUGGUACAAAAGCAUGGACAAAUUAAUUAAAUAUCUCAACAAAAAUGAAGUAAACGGCAGGUGGUACAAUCUGUUCUACUCAAGUCCAUAUUGUUAUCUAAAUGCGCUUCACAGUGCUGUGAAUGGCACGCUAACUACACACACCAAACAAGACGACUUCUUUCCCUACGCAAAAGAGGACGACUUAUAUUGGACGGGACUUUACACCUCGAAGCCAACUCUGAAGCGGUUCGAGAGAAUCGGCAAUAAUUUUUUGCAGGUGUGCAAGCAACUGUCAGCGCUAACCGGAGUGAGCGGCGAAGGUUCAGAAAAUCUCCGCAAGUUAAAUACUUUUAGAGAAGCCAUGGGGGUAAUGCAGCAUCACGAUGCGAUCACGGGCACCGAAAGAUCCUACGUUGCGCAAGAUUAUGCCAGGCAGUUACACGGUGGUAUCGCAAAUUGCGAGCAAAUCACGAACGAUGCUUUGACGACACUGACUAAAAACGCUGAUGUCGUCUUCAAGACGUGCUUGCUGAGUAACAUAAGUCAGUGCUUGUAUUCGGAGAACAUGGAACAAUUGAUAGUGACCAUAUACAACCCGCUCAGUAGACCAGUCGACAAGUACGUAAGACUGCCGAUAUCCGACGAGGUGUUUGUGGUUAAAGAUUGGUCCGGCAUUGAAAUGAUCACUCAAGUUCUGCCUAUUCCAAAGCGAGUCCAAAACAUACCAGGACGGCAAAGUUCCGCAACUAGGGAACAAGUUUUCCUGGCACGCGACGUUCCCGCAUUAGGAUUCAAAUCAUACUACCUGGAACUGAACAAUCACUCUCCAUCAAAUUCUGAAGAAGAACAAAUUCGCAAUCGUAUAGGCUCAGAGGACGUGGGUGUAAAAUUAGAUUCCAAAACGGGGCUUGUGAUUGGUGUGGAAAUGAAUGGUGUUGCAUUGGAUCUUAAUCAAACACUUCUGCACUACAACGGCUCUAACGGAUUUGGAUAUGCGGAAAUUUCUAGAACCAGCGGUGCUUCCGGUGCCUACAUCUUUAGGCCAGAUCCACGCUGUCCGGUGGCUACGGUGACCAAUCACACCAACUUUAGCAUCUACACUGGCGACUUUGUUUCGGAAAUACACCAAGAGUUUAACGAAUGGAUCAGUCAAAUCGUUAGAGUCUACCAUACCGAACAAUUUGUGGAAUUCGAAUGGCUGGUAGGCCCCAUACCUACCGAUACACCGUAUGGAAAAGAAGUCAUAAGCAGAUUUUCUACAAAUUUGGAAACGUUUAAAACUUUUUAUACCGAUUCCAACGGACGUGAGAUGGUAAAACGUAUAAGGGACUUGAGAUCCACUUGGGAUUUAUCCACCAACGAGUCGAUAGCUUCUAACUAUUACCCAGUCACUUCGAAAAUAUUAAUUCGAGAUCCUGAUAAGAAUAUUGAAAUGGCUGUUUUGACCGACAGAGGUCAAGGUGGCUCCAGCAUGCAUGACGGCGAAUUGGAGCUUAUGAUACACAGAAAUGCAGUUAUGGAUGAUGGUUGUGGGGUUAAUGAAGUGCUAAUCGAAUGGGCCUACGGUAAAGGAGUUGUAGCCAGAGGUUCUCACUAUCUUGUUGUGGGUCCAACUACAGACACACAAUCGGAACAAAAUGUGAAAGUUUUGGAGCGACAAAUUUCCGAAAGGAAACUUCUAGAUUCCUGGGUGUUCUUUUCGUCACCGAACGGCUUAAAUUUUGAAGAGUAUCGAGAACAACACCUCAUGGAAUUUCACGGUCUGACGGGUUCUUUGCCUGAAAACGUACACAUUCUCACAUUGGAGCCGUGGAGAAAGUCCAGUUUCCUUCUGAGAUUAGAGCAUAUGUAUGCGGAGGGAGAAGACACCUUGCUGUCCGAACCAGCUAUCGUUGAUAUAAAAGAUUUGUUUUCAACGUUCAAGGUGACCUCCUUGAGGGAGACGACAUUAGCAGGCAAUCAAUGGAUCGAUAAUCGAAAAAACACAAAAUUUCGAACAAUAUCGGAACUACUCGACUUAUCGCAAGAUGUGUACUAUGCCUCCGACGGUUUCAAAGUGAUUCUAAAGGCGAUGCAAAUACGCACUUUUGUUGUGGAGAUACAACUUGAUAGGAAAAUAUAAAAAUUGGU